ACCUACCUACCCACCCAACUCCCCCCCUUAAACACAAAUAAAAAGUCUUCCUCAUUCUCUUCCUUUUAUUAAGACCCUUUGUCUCCCCAUUCCUCUCAAACUUGCUCACCCCUAAUUCAUCAUUUCCUCUUGCUUUUGUAUUCCCUUCGUCUUAGAAAGAGCGCUGCUCUUGUUUAUAACUCUAAUGGGGUGCCUUGAUGAUGGGUGCAACACUGGCCUUGUUCUUGGGCUAGGCUUCACAACAACAAACCUAGAGAAUACAUCUAAGCCAGCUGAUAACUACAAGCGGCUUAUAAAGCCUCAGAUUAAGCCACUAAUGACAGGUUUUGAGCCUUCACUUAGUUUGGGUCUCUCUGCGGAAACCUAUAGCCUUGUGGAUGGCAAGAAAGGCUGUGAGGAGUCUAUUGGUGCUCAUGAUCAGUUGUAUCGUCAAGCUUCUCCUCAUAGUGCUGUUUCUUCUUUCUCUAGUGGUAGGGUUAAGAGGGAAAGAGACCUUAGCAGUGAAGAUAUAGAGGUAGAGAGGGUUUCUUCCAGAGUAAGUGACGAAGAUGAAGAUGGUACUAAUGCAAGAAAGAAACUUAGACUCACCAAAGAGCAAUCUGCCCUUUUGGAGGAAAGCUUCAAACAACACAGCACCCUCAAUCCUAAGCAAAAGCAAGCUUUAGCAAGGCAGUUGAAUCUACGUCCGAGACAAGUUGAAGUGUGGUUCCAAAACAGGCGAGCCAGGACAAAACUGAAGCAAACUGAAAUGGACUGUGAAUUCUUGAAGAAGUGCUGUGAAACACUAACAGAUGAGAAUAGGAGGCUACAGAAGGAGCUACAAGACCUUAAAUCACUGAAAAUGGCACAACCCUUUUACAUGCACAUGCCAGCAGCUACUCUUACCAUGUGUCCAUCUUGUGAAAGAAUUGGUGGGGUUGCUGAAGGGGCUUCAAAGAGCCCAUUCUCAAUGGCUACAAAGCCUCACUUUUAUAAUUCCUUCACUAAUCCUUCGGCGGCAUGUUAAUGAAGGUUCAGGAUAUAUAGAAGAUAAAUAAAAAUAGAAUAUAUAUAGACCAACCUUACAAUCCCUCUAAUUUUUUUGUUAAGAGCUUGUAGUAAAAGAUUACUUAGUGUAAUUAAUUAUUUUGUAGAAGAUAGUAGCUGCCGAUCGGUCCUCUUUUUCCUUUUUUUUUUUUU